GUAGUUAUCGGAUUCCACUUCCCCCUGUUUAUAGCAAAACUGAGUUUGCUGAACUGCCCUGUAAGCAAGAUGUGGGGCUGCAGGAUACACCCCUCCCAAUAUAAAUAACAGUUAUGUGUCUACAGCCCAGGGACUGCUGCUGCUAACCUGCUCCUGCUCUGUGAGUUGUAUAGCAUUUACUACAUUUGGGAUCGAACAGACAUCCAGGUAAAAUAAAAACAUGUCUGCAAAACCCAAACUUUACUACUUCUAUGGCAGAGGUAAAAUGGAGUCCGUACGCUGGUUGUUAGCAGCAGCUGGUGUUGAGUUUGAAGAAGAGUUUCUAGAAACAAGAGAACAAUAUGAAGCGUUACUUCAAGAUGGAGCAUUGCUGUUUGAACAAACACCAAUGGUUGAAAUCGAUGGCAUGAAACUAGUACAGACUAGAGCCAUACUGCGAUACAUCGCUGAGAAGCAUGGUCUUUAUGGGAAGGACAUUAUGGAGAGAACUUUCAUUGACAUGUAUGUGGAGGGUGUCCUGGAUUUUACGGAGAUCAUCAUGUGGCACCCAUUUGUACUGCCGGAGGACAAAGAGAGACACAUUGAUGCCAUUGCGCAAAACGCUAAGCAUAGAUAUUUCCCUGUGUAUGAAAAGGUUUUAAGAGAUCAUGGUGAGAAGUAUCUAGUUGGAAAUCGACUUACUGUGGCUGAUGUACUUCUGCUGGAGGCCAUUCUGAUGGCGGAAGAAAAGCGUGCUGAUGUACUGUCCGAGUUUCCUCUCCUACAGGACUUCAAGGAGAGAACAAGCGAAAUUCCCACAAUCAAGGCUUUCCUGCAGCCCGGUAGUCAGAGGAAACCUCAGCCUGAUGAAAAAUAUGCGAAUGCAGUGAGGACCGUUCUCCAGAUGUCCAUAAAAGCGCAAUUUUAAUUAGCAUGUACUGUGCACUGGAAUGUAAUUAAAUCCAUGGUUAUUGGAACAGACACAAA